AUGUCCAACUGCAGUUUUGAGACAUACUGUCCCAAUCAAUGGUCCAGGCAAUUAGGUCUUUCCCAGGGUAUCCCUUAUCCUUAUUUCCACCCAACCAUCCAUGAGGAGAUUGGGUCCAGAAUCUACUUCAAAGAUCCUAAGCAAGCUGAAUCCAUUCUAACAGAGAACACCAAAAUUUUCCAAGAUUUUGGCCCCUUCUUCUUCAAACCUGCUUCGGACUGCUCCAUUGCUUUUGACCAUUGGUGGGGACUUAUGACUGCCAUUAUUUUCUGCAAGCCACUUGAAACAUGCCUUCACGAUACUUGUCUUCAUAAUCAGGGCCCCAUAUCCUCGCCUUCCAAGCUUAAGGCUACAGCUAAAAUUGGGCCUGCUGCUAAACCAUUGGUUAGGGACCAACAUAAAGGCAAGGCUCAAUUGGAUCGAACUACUCAGACAAACACCCCCUCAAUUCCGAAAUUGAUGGUAGACUCUUUCACAGCCUCGCAGAGACAAGCACAGAGAGGAACUACCACUCGUACCCCUGCCGAGACAGAGGUCACGGCGAAGAAGAGAGAAGAGUCUUCCACUGGUCCUGCUCUAAGUACAGACCUAAGUGAUUGGGAUAUCCCUCUCAGUCAAAUGGUUGGCCAAACAACAUCAAAUCCUUCAGGGCAGCUCUACCAAAGAAAAAGAAGGAGAUUACUCCUUACUACUGCUGAUGAUGAGGAUCCUUCCACUUCUCCUCAACACAUUCAUGCAAUUCCCAGUCCCAUCAGCAAUGUACCCAGAGAACCCACUACACAACCAACUCCACCACCACCUGAAGCAUCUCAACAAACUUCCUUACAACCUGCUUCACAGUCUUUGCCACAGCAAUCUACACAAUCUGCAGCGCAACAUCCUUCCACUUCUCCUCAACACAUUGAUCCAAUUCCUAGUCCCAUCACCAUCACCAAUGUACCCAGAGAACCCACUGUAGAACCAACUCCACCACCACCUGAAGCAUCUCAACAAACUUCCUUACAACCUCCUUCACAGUCUUCGCCACAGCAAUCUACACAAUCUGCAUCACACAAUCCUUCACAGCUAGAACCUCCUCCUAUUGCUCUCAGGGAUGUCACAGUUGGGGUUGUCCCGAUGGAGGUUGAUUACCCAGGGGGCACUGAGCCUGUUAUUGUCCCUUCUGUCUUUAGCCCUCAACCAUCACCGUCCAACCCCUCUAAUUCCCAAACUUCAAACAAAGAAUCAGAGAGGAUUGAUUUUGACAUUUCAAUCAACAGCCAAUCCUCUCUAAUAGAUGACAAUACAAAUUCCCCUCAACCAGAAGUUCAUAACAACCAAGGGAUGGACAUUAUACGCGACUCAUCUCGACAACCAAUGUCUGAGAAAGAACUUGAAGGUCCUCAUGACUUUCCCCUGUUAGCAGAACCAGAAAAAAAGCCUGAAGGCACUGAUGCUACCAUUUCAUCAGUACCCGAGACAACUCCUUCUGCUGCCACAACCACAGCCGAACAAGGCCAACCGUCUGCGUGCACAUUAUCAGGACAGGCCAUCGUUCCAUACGAAAUAUCCCCAUUGCCUCAAAGGCUACAUCUCUUUCAUGCUGAAACUCAACAAACCUUAACCACCUUCAUCAACCUCAUUAACACCCCAGUUGAAGAAAUCAUUCUCCACAAACCUGAUGAAACCUUGGCCUGUCUUUCUGCUGUUCUAAACCUCUCCCCUAAUCCUUUCAACCCCAUUCAACUAAAGCAAUUGGCCAAGAUCAUCACGGAAUGGCCAACCAUUUCAGAGAUGGUUCAGACUUGCUCGAAGGAUAUUCAAACCGAAAAAGAUUUCCUAAACGAAGCCCACACCAUAUCUACUUCACUCAAACUCAGCCAACAAACCUCUGUAGCCAUUCUUCAGCAACACUCAGCACUUGAACUUGAGGAAACCAAACUCAUGGCAGAACUUGCCUCUGUCCGGCAAAGAAAGGCUCAUCUGCAGCAGCAAUAUGACCAGCUUAAUCAAGAAGCAAGGAUGAUGCUCUCCCAAAUUAGACAUCGUUUUGCAUCAAUUCAGGCAACUAAAGUAGAGUUGGACCAAACCCAAGCCAUGUUGGCAGAUGCUCAAUCAGAAUGGGGUGUUCUAGCCAUUCUCUUUCCCAAAUCCUAG